AUGCGGGAAACAACAAAUUUGUCACAGCACCGACACGAGUUGGUGGAACGAUUACUCGGCCUGUCUACUGCCUCCUUUAGCGAACAGGUGCCACUCGUGAAUGGCCUCUACAACAUCCCGCUGCUGGCGCUGGAGGAGGUCCUGUUGCAGGUGUCUCACGUAUGCAUCACCCACAGUGAUCCGGAGGUGCAGAACCUAUUGCGCAACUUUAUGCUCUUGCUGGUUUCCCAGUCGUUUAUCGACGCCCUGCGAAUGUCGUGGGCGGUGGAUUCCGUGUGGGGUGUAUUUGACACGCUGGGGCUCGGGGGCCGUGUGAAGGAGAUUCAGGACAAGAUUGAGAGUGUUGCGAUUAACCACAGGUGGGACGCCAGAGGUGACAACCACGAGGCCGGAUUGGGGGUAGAGGUUGGGCGGAAGGAGUUGCGGCUCAAGCUAUACAACGGAGAGAGGCAGUUUCUUAGCACUAUCACUGGCUGGAGCUCCCAGCUGUGCCAGUACCCGGACAAGCGCAGGCGACAAACCGAGUUGCGAAGGAAAUUGCACGAUCUCAACAACUCACUGAGCACCCAGGCACUUAUCUAUCCUUUUGGUGGCGUUGCCGAUUCCGUCAAGUGGAUUGUAAACAUUGCUGUAGAUGAAUGUGUUGUCUUCUCUUCACGUGAACGGGCUCCGUUUCUGCUUUGCUGCGAAGUCAUCGUUGACGACACUACGACGAUGCGUGACCCAAUGGCGUCCAAGUUGCGUUUGGCCAAUGGCUCCUUUAAAAUUACAGAGGACUUUGAUGAUGUCUUUGCCCCAUCAGACGUGCGACAAGGUUUGGGCGAGGCGAAAGAGGUGAGGAGUAGUAGGAGUGCACAGGGUGGAGGAGAACGCGGCACAUUUGCGUGCGCGUUUGGAGAAACACCAGAGGAGCGUGUCGCACGCAUGCGAAAAACAUCUGUCUUUGGGAGGCACCCCAACUGGGGCAUGGUCUCCAUUGUUGUUAAAGCUGGGGAUGAUCUGCGACAGGAAGAGUUGGCCUUGCAGCUAAUCAAUAUCUUUAACCAGAUUUGGGAGGAGGCCGGACUCACGUGUUCGGUUCGCCCCCAUCGAGCCCUUUCUAUUUCCACAGAUUCAGGGGUCAUUGAAUGUGUAGAGGGCGCCUGCUCGAUUGACAACAUCAAAAAAUCAUGUUCGGUUGCAAGUCUGGCACAGUUCUUUAAUGAGGCUUUUGGACCAGUGAGUUCUGAAAGACAUUCCAAAGCGGUGUCGAAUUUUGUGGAAACCAUGGCAGGGUACAGCAUUGUGACCUACAUGCUUCAGGUCAAGGAUCGACACAACGGCAACCUGAUGCUUACGAGUGAGGGGCAUUUGGUUCACAUUGACUUUGGGUUUAUGUUUGUGACGUCACCUGGGGGGAUAAAUUUUGAAUCCGCCCCGUUUAAGCUUUCACAGGAGCUGAUGGAGGUAAUGGGGGGUGUUGAAAGUGACAUGUUCAACUACUUUAAGGUGCUGCUGUAUCAAGGCAUGGUGGCGGUGCGGGAACGUGCGGAGGAUAUUUUGGGCCUUGUGUCGCUCAUGACCCCGUAUAAUACCAUGGCGUGUUUUGGAAGCGAUCCUAUGGGCGCCGUUCAGCAGCUGCGCUCGCGUUUUCGUUUUGACUUGGAGACCGAGACAGAUUUUGCUCUCUACGUGAAGGAGCUUAUUGCGGAAAGUGUUGAUAAUUGGCGGACGCGGCGAUAUGAUCAGUUUCAAACACUGCAAAAUGGCAUACUGUGA